AUGCUACAGCGACACCAGCAGUCAACAAUAUCAACAAUAUCCCCCCUUAGAUAUAUCCGCCCUCAGUUCUCAAGAAGACCACAUACGCGCCGACAAUUCACUCGCGCGAACUCUACAAACACCGACCCGUCUGCAAAACCCUCGUUUUCCCAGCGCAUGCGCACGCUUUCCCGCGAAUACGGCUGGGCAGCUGUAGGAGUCUACUUCUUCCUAUCAGCGUUGGAUUUCCCGUUCUGCUUUGCUGCUGUGCGGCUGCUAGGCGUUGACCGCAUAGGACACUACGAGCAUAUUAUUGUGGGAUCCGUGAAGGAUGCAAUAGCGAAGAUAUGGCCUAGCAAAGAGAGGGAUGCGCGCCCUCGAUCCGAAGACGAGAAUGAGAUAGGCAUUGCGGAUGAUAUCGAAGAGGCGCAAAAGGCUGUUAAAGGAGAAGCCAGUAUAUGGACACAACUGGCGCUUGCAUACGCCAUACACAAGAGCUUCAUCUUCUUCAGAGUGCCACUUACCGCAGCUGUGACGCCCAAGAUCGUCAAGACUCUGCGACGCUGGGGCUGGAAUAUUGGUAAACGGAAAUCCAAGAACUGA